AUGGACGCACAAAAAUCAAAAUCAAGUUCCACGACAAGGAAACAUGGUAAUCAACCGCGACAACGCAUGGUCCAAAACUAUCUUUUAGUUUGGGUGGAUGCCAACAUCGAUGAAAAGGACCAAGACUACCAGAACACUUUGAAACACUUACGAAGUGUCGUCAAUGAUGUUAACAUAUGUACUCAACCAGACGCCUGCCUUCAAUUCCUCAACAGCGUCGGUGACGAAAAGGCUUUCGUCAUCACAUCGGGAUUCUUAGGUCAACACUUGGUUCCCGAGAUUCACGUCAUUCCACAAGUGAAUGCCAUCUACAUCUUCUGUGCCAACAAAUCCAGAAAUGAAACCUGGACAAAGAACUGGUCAAAAGUCAAAGGUGUUCACACAAAUAUCAAAGAAAUCUGUGAGGCGCUGACCACGGAUGUUAAACAACAUAAUCAAGACUCCAUCGCCAUGAGUUUUGUCAACGUAAGAGGAGAGGGUUCCCAUGCCAAUCUCAAUCGACUGGAACCCAGUUUUAUGUACACGCAAAUAUUUAAAAAGAUUCUCCUCGACAUGGAUCACGACAAGCAAGCAAUCAAAGACCUGGCCAAUUAUUGUCGUCAGUGUUUCCAAGGCAACUUCGCAGAGCAAAGUGUUAUCGAUGAGUUCGAACGUAACUAUCGUUCGGAGAAGGCCAUUUGGUGGUAUACACGCGAGUGUUUUACCUACCAAAUGCUCAAUCAAGCACUUCGCACUUUGGAUGCCGAAAUCAUUAUUAACAUGGGGUUUUUCCUCCAUGAUUUACACAAACAAAUAGAACAGCUACACCAAGCACAGGUCAGUAGUUACAGAGGAAAACCUUUCGUAGUCUACCGUGGACAGGGACUAUCCAAGACAGAUUUUGGCCAGUUAACAAAAACUGUAGGUGGUCUUUUAUCUUUCAACAACUUCUUAUCCACCAGUAUCAAACUACAGAAAUCUCUUGAGUACACCUACAGCGCUCUCAGUGAUCCCGACAAGGUGGGUGUUCUGUUCGUGAUCACCAUCGAUCCAAAUAUUGGUACUACUCCAUUCGCAUCGAUUGGAGAUUUUAGUUAUUUCGAAGACGAAGCAGAGAUCCUGUUUUCCAUGCACAGCGUGUUUCGAGUCGGUACUCUUCGCCAAGUGGGUGACAAAAUUAACCUUUACUAUGCGGUGCAACUUCAGUUGACUGCAGAUGACGGUCCACAACAGCGUGUGUUAACGGACCGUAUUGAAAGUGAAGUUCAAGUUUGGGUGGAUGCCAACAUCGAUGAAAAGGAUCAAGACUGUCAGAACACUUUGACGCACUUACGAAGUGUUGUCAAUGAUGUCAAUAUAUACACUCAACCAGAUGCUUGCCUUCAAUUCCUUAAGAGCAUUGGUGAUGAAAAAGCUUUCGUCAUCACAUCGGGAUCCUUAGGUCAACACUUGGUUCCCGAGAUUCACGGCAUUACACAAGUGAAUGCCAUCUACAUCUUCUGUGGCAACAAAUCCAGAAAUGAAACCUGGGCAAAGAACUGGUCAAAAGUCAAAGGUGUUCACACAAAUAUCAAAGAAAUCUGUGCAGCACUGACCACGGGUGUUAAACAACAUAAUCAAGACUCCAUCGCCAUGAGUUUUGUCACCGUAAGAGAAGAGGGUUCGAAUGCAAAUCUCAAUCUGCUAGAACCCAGUUUUAUGUACACGCAAAUAUUUAAGAAGAUUCUCCUCGACAUGGAGCAUGACAAACAAGCAAUCAAAGACCUGGCCAAUUAUUGUCGUCAGCGUUUUCAAGGCAACUUCGCAGAGCAAAGUGUUAUCGAUGAGUUCGAACGUAACUAUUGUCCGGAGAAGGCCAUUUGGUGGUAUACACGCGAGUGUUUUACCUACCAAAUGCUCAAUCAAGCACUUCGCACUUUGGAUGGCGAAGUCAUUAUUAACAUGGGAUUUUUUCUACAUGACUUACACAAACAAAUAGAACAGCUACACCAAGCACAGGUCAGUAAUUACAGACGAAAACCCUUCGUAGUCUACCGUGGACAGGGACUAUCCAAGACAGAUUUUGAUCAGUUAUCCAAAACUAUAGGUGGUCUUUUAUCUUUUAACAACUUUUUAUCCACCAGUAUCAAACAAGAGAAAUCUCUUGAGUUCACCUACAACGCUCUCGGUGAUCCCGACAAGGUGUGUGUCCUAUUCGUGAUCACAAUCGAUCCGAAUAUUGGUACUACUCCAUUCGCAUCGAUUGGAGAUUUUAGUUAUUUCGAAGGCGAAGCAGAGAUCCUGUUUUCCAUGCACAGCGUGUUUCGAGUUGGUACUAUUCGACAAGUGGGUGACAAAAGUAAACUUUACCAUGAGGUGCAACUUCAGUUGACUGCCGAUGACGAUCCACAACUGCGUGUGUUAACGGACCGUAUUGAAAGUGAAGUUCAAGGUAGUACAGGGUGGGAACGUUUGGGUCAUUUAUUGCUUAAACUCGGACAGCUGGAUAAAGCCGAAGAACUGUACACUGUGUUACUGGAACAAGCGUCUGAUAACAAUGACAGAGCACAUUAUUAUCAUCAACUUGGCUGCUUAAAAUAUAGUCAAGGUGAUUAUAAAAUGGCCAUAGAAUACUAUGAAAAAGUACUUGAAAUCCAAGAAAAAACUCUUCCUUCGAAUCACCCUGAUUUGGCUACUUCGUACAACAACAUCGGUGCGGUGUACAUGAGCAUGGGAGAGUAUUCGAAAGCACUUUCAUUCUAUGAAAAAACACUUGAAAUCUUCCAAAAAACUCUUCCUUCGAAUCACCCUUCGCUGGCUACUUCGUACAGCUGCAUCGGUUUGGUCUACUACAACAUGGGAGAGUACUCGAAAGCACUUUCAUUCUAUGAAAAAACACUUGAAAUCUUCCAAAAAACUCUUCCUUCGAAUCACCCUUCGCUGGCUACUUCGUACAACAACAUCGGUUUGGUGUACAAGAACAUGGGAGAGUAUUCGAAAGCACUUUCAUUCUAUGAAAAAGCACUUGAAAUUAGAGAAAAAACUCUUCCUUCGAAUCACCCUGAUUUGGCUACUUCGUACAACAACAUCGGUGGGGUGUACCACAACAUGGGAGAGUAUUCGAAAGCACUUUCAUUCUAUGAAAAAGCACUUGGAAUUAGAGAAAAAACUCUUCCUUCGAAUCACCCUUCGCUGGCUACUUCGUACAACAACAUCGGUGGGGUGUACUACAAUACUAAGGACUAUUCGAAAGCACUUACCUAUUUCGAACGCGCUCUGGACAUUUGGCAACGUGCAUUACCGGCGAAUCACCCUAAUAUAAAAACUGUAAAAGAAAGUAUCGAAAUUUGUAAAAGAGCAAUGAAGAAAUAA